AUGAUUGCUGCCCUGGGUCGGGCAGAGGCAUUCCUCGUUGGAUAUGACGAACAACGGGACCAGUCGCAAGUACAGCUGCGUUUAGAGUACCUCGAUUUGAUGUGGGCGUCGCUAGAGCAGGUACAGGGUCAACUCGAGGACAUCGAAACAACAGAAGAAGGAAGCUUGAUUUCCAAACUACCUAACUCUCCUCCCAUCAAUUCACAAGUACCUCCACCCUCUCUCUCUACCAACGCUCUCUCUGGAAUAAAGCUACCAACGAUUUCGCUACCCGAAUUCGAUGGUGACUAUGCUCAAUGGUUACCAUUUCACGACACAUUCGUCGCUCUCAUUCAUAAUAAUCCCGACCUUCCUAAAGUACAAAAAUUCCACUACUUACGAGCAGCUUUGAAAGGCGAAGCUGCUCAGUUAGUUGAGUCGAUUGCCAUUUCGUCGGCCAACUACAGUUUAGCGUGGGACACGCUGACAGGUCGGUAUGCUAACGAGUAUCUGCUUAAGAAGAGACAUCUACAGGCGUUGGUCGACGUACCACAUGUGAGGAAAGAAACAUCCGCUACGCUCCACAGCCUGGUCGACGAUUUCGAACGACAUACCAAAAUCUUACACCAACUGGGGGAGCCAACUGACAGCUGGAGCACGAUUCUGGAGCUCCUGUUGUGCACGCGACUGCACGAUGAUUCUCUCAAGGCGUGGGAGGAUUACGCGUCAACCGUCGAGGACCCGAACUACAGCUGCCUCAUCGACUUCCUUCAGCGAAGAAUCCGAGUGUUGGAAUCAAUUUCGGUAAACCACCACCCGACGAGUUCUAUCACCAACACGCAGCAACAAAACCAUAAACGAUUCAACAACCAUCAGCGGGUCUUAUCCUACCCAUUCACUGCAAGUUCUAAUGGGAAAUGUCCAGCGUGUGGUCAGCAGCAUCCGUUGCUGAAAUGCCAGAAAUUUCAUCGACUGACUGUCAUCGAACGCCUAAAGGUAGUCAACACAAAGCGACUCUGUAAUAAUUGCUUACGCGCAGAUCACAUUGCACGUGACUGCUCGUCAAAUUACAAUUGCAAGCAUUGCAAUCGCCGUCAUCAUUCGCUUUUGCACACCAACCCUCACGAAGAAGACCGAAGAUCCAACGGAGUAAGUUCUAUCAACAAUUCCACGACGCCAGUAGUAAUCCGACCCACACCCGCUCCACGAGCCAAGUCAGCUAAGCAAACAGCUGCGGCGACUGCCGAAGUCGUCCCACGUGUCGAAAGCAGUACACCUGUCAACCAAACAAAGGAGAACGUUUUCUUGAUGACGGUCAUCGUUAAUAUUGUGGAUGCCUUCGGACAAAUGCACCCAGCUCGUGCCCUCCUAGACAGCGCGUCUCAGCCAAAUUUAAUUACCGAACGUCUAGCACAACUGCUGCGCGUGAAGCGCGAUCGAGUCAACGUUACCAUUAUGGGCGCUGGUCAACUGUCGAAGCCCGUUAGUGAAUCGAUUUUCACCCAAGUGAAGUCUCGGUCCAGUGAUUUCUGCUGUGACGUCAGUUUCCUCGUGAUGAACAAAGUUACUGCUAAUCUUCCCGCACAAGACGUGUCUAGAAUAGGUUGGAGGAUUCCAAAGGAAAUCACGCUUGCCUAUCCCGAGUUCCAUCGAAGUCAACCGAUAGAUUUGGUGCUAGGUGCCAAGCACUUUCACACCUUUUUCCCCACUGCUGUUCGACUACAGAUCGACGACCGAUUACCGUUGCUGGUGGAGAGUGUAUUCGGGUGGAUUGUUGCUGGAUCCGCUCCCUGUAUUAGGUCUGAUGGCGAUUCAGAUGGUGAUGAAGAGCUACAAUCGACGGUAGUUUCAAUGGUUUCCCUCGAGCAGAUCAUCGAAAGGUUCUGGAUGACUGAGAGUCUAUCUACCAACGACACUUACUCGGCAGAAGAAAAGUUCCGCGAAACGUUCUACCAGUCCACUACAACCCGUGACAAUGAAGGACGCUACGUAGUACGUUUGCCCCGAAAACCCAAUUUCAACAUCAUGCUGAAUGACUCGAAAGCAAGCGCUCUCAAUCGCUAUCAACUACUUGAACGACGACUGGAUAGGAACCCAGAACUGAAGGAAGAAUACGACAAAUUCAUGCGGGAAUAUCUCUCCCUUGGCCACAUGAAACUGGUCAACGCGGAAGACGAUCAAGCUCCCGUGUCAUAUUACCUGCCUCACCAUCCCGUGAUUAAGGACACAAGCACGACCACCAAGGUCAGAGUCGUUUUCGACGGCUCUUCCAAGGCUUCGUCCGGCUUCUCCCUCAACGAAGCUCUUUGCGUUGGACCUGUAGUGCAGGACGAUCUGCUCACGCUUAUUCUUCGCUUCCGUACUUUUCCUGUAGCGCUCGUCGGUGACAUUGCCAAAAUGUACAGACAAGUUCUUGUCCAUCCUGAGGAUACACCACUGCAAAGAAUCCUCUGGCGGUUCUCGAGGCAGGUUCCAGUCCAGACCUACGAGUUGCUCACCGUUACUUACGGGAUAGCUCCCUCUUCCUUCCUCGCAACUCGCACACUGAAACAGCUAGCGGCUGACGAAGGUACAUCCUAUCCUCUCGGACGGCCGGCUCUCGAAAAAGGUUUUUAUGUAGACGACUUCAUUGGAGGAGCACACUCGGUUGAGGAAGCUAUUCGUUUGAGGACCGAAUUAUCCGAAUUAUUAGCGAAGGGAGGUCUAGAAUUGCGGAAGUGGACUUCGAACCAUCUCGAAGUGCUUCACGGUUUGCACGACGACCAGAUCGGGACACAAUCCUCUCUGCAGUUUGGUCUCAACGAAACUGUGAAAACGCUGGGAAUUGGUUGGGAACCAGAGGCUGAUUUCCUCCGCUUUGAUUCUCUGAUCGAGCCUAACAGUGACCCUUGGACCAAGCGCUCGAUCUUGUCUACAAUAGCGAGGCUUUUCGAUCCGAUGGGAUUAACAGCUCCGGUGGUUGUCACGGCGAAAAUCAUCAUGCAACAACUCUGGGUGCUUCCGUGCGGAUGGGACGAUCCAGUACCGGACAACCUACAAACUAAAUGGAAACAUUAUUGUCAAGCCCUACCGAAAGUGUCUGCUUUUCGCGUUCAACGCUACGUUUUUCUACCCAGAUCGAAGGUGCAGCUGCACACAUUCACAGAUGCCUCCGAGGAUGCAUACGGAGCGUGCGUCUAUGCACGAUGCGAAAACCCCAAGGGAAAUGUCCGAGUACAACUACUAGCCGCGAAAUCUAGAGUAGCCCCUCUGAAGCGUUUGAGUAUCGCACGUCUGGAACUAUGUGCUGCUGUUCUCGGUGCUCACCUUUACGACCACGCCAAGCAAGCCCUAGAUCUGCAGAUCGAGUCAUCCCAUUUUUGGACAGAUUCCACGGUUACCCUUCAGUGGCUAAAAUCACCACCAAACGUCUGGAAGACUUUCGUGGCCAACAGAGUGGCUGAAGUGCAACACCACACACACGGCUGCCAAUGGCGCCACGUUCCGGGAAGUGAAAAUCCAGCUGAUUUGGUAUCUCGAGGCACGACAGUUGAACGACUUCUUAGCUCUGACUACUGGUACAACGGACCACACUGGUUAGCACUUCCGUCCCGAGAAUGGCCCAUACUCACUCUACCAGGUGUUCCCGACGAAGAACUGGAGAUUCGUCAAGUCGUAGCAGCUGUGCAAACACAAACUACAAUCAACCCGCUGUUCCUUCGCUACAGUUCUUUCACUCGUAUACUGCACAUCGUCGGCUACUGUUUGCGCUUCAUUUCCAACAGCAGAGCGAAGAUUCAGGCGAGGAACAGCCUGCAAGCAUCACCCGAUACUUCCCACAGCAUGUCUCUAACCGUGGAACAACUCCAGAUGCACGUCCAACAAUUCUGGAUCCGUUGGCGUGAUGAAUAUUUGCACGAACUCCAGCGGGAUUCGAAACAUCGCAGCCGAAACAACGAAAUCAUUCCGGGCCGGAUGGUCGUCGUAGUGGAUGAGAUGCAGGCUCCUCUCAGGUGGCCUCUUGCGCGAAUAACUGGAGUCCACCCAGGAAAAGACAAAAUCGUCCGUGUCGUAUCGCUUCGAACAGCGAGAGGAAUCAUCACUCGCCCCGUCACGAAAAUCUGCUUGUUGCCGUUCUCCGAUGCCAGCACCGACACAGAGGGAAGUCCAGCGACCAGUGAACAAACAGCAGACCAAACAGCAACGAAUAUUUCAUGUACCAAUCCUGAAAAAUAA